GUCAUUACUCAACGACUGAAGUAGACAUCCGCUAUCAGCGGAGAAAGUCACAGAGAUAAACGAGACCCUUUCACACUUCAAAAACUUCCCAGGAGAAUGCAUAGUUUACUGGAGGCUUCGUUUACGCUCACACUUAACGUAAUUCUUUGUUGUUUAUGCAAUUUGGGUCUUAGUACUCUUUGAAUAUUAUUGUAGACCUAUAUGAAUUCUGGCAGAAAUUAUCUUCACACUCAAGUGUCGCAAUGCUGGUUGUGCACGAAGGUGACAUCUGUUGAAGUACAACUGCGUCAGUGAUCAGCGUUGUCUUUGACGCACCUUGUCACUGAAAAUUAUCUCGUAGAAAUGGUGAAUGUGAAAUGAACAGUGCAAAACAGCAUUGAAUUAAUGGUGCAUUUUUUGGCACAUCAGUUACUGAUACGACGUAUUUCUGUGUAACGGGCGCAAGAGUGCUAAUCCAGCUGAGAGCGUUUUAAUUUCGAUAGUGUGAACGGGGCCUAUAUCGUGCUGAUGAGAGGAUAGAAUACAAACCAGAUAUCAAAUAUAAGCAAAUCUGACUUCGAUUAUCCAUACCGAUCAUUAUUAUUGUUAAGAGUUUAGACAGGUAAGCUAAUGUUUUCGGCGCGACAGUCUUUCGAGCGACGCGACUGAUGGUGUCCUUCGAACUAGCUGUCUGACGGGACACAGGUUUCUGCGAUGAAGUAUAAUUAUGAUGUAGAUUAUAAACGGUUUGCUGGUACCUGGUGGUGAUCCAUUCUGAUGUCUUUAGGUCGUGCAUCAGGCAGUGAAGAAAGGCACAAACUUUAGGUUAUCGUCUUCCAGUGCUAUAGUUACGGUCACCUGUUUUAACAUGGCUUCGGACACCGAGGACAUGUCUUCUUCGAAUUUGGACUAUGACGAGGCUGCGGACGUGGUCAAGUUGGCCAAUCAGCUCUUGACGACAUUCCGGGUGGCCUUCUCUCUGGUCACCAUCAUCAUGGUCGUCGGCCUGGUCGCCAACGGGUUCGUUCUCUUUGUCAUCCUGCGGAGCAAGAAGCUACGAAACACCGUCUACAACGUGUACAUCGUCAGUCUCUGUGUCUCAAGUUUCCUUUUCCUUCUAGUUUGGGGAUUGACUGACGUCAUCACCUUCGGGAUAUAUCUUCACAAGGAAAUCUUUCACGUUGAGACGGACUCGAGGAUAAGGAAACUGCUGGCCGGCUGUGAAGCGACCACUAUGGUGGUUAACUGUUUCAUGAUAACGGCCUUAGCCGUGGAUAGGUACAUCAUCAUAGCACGUCCUGCAUCGCUACAUAAUAGAAGAACUGUCAAGAACGCCCUCGUCGCCUGUGGCAUUGUUUGGGCAGCUGGAUUUCUCACUGCGUGUACAGCCAUUCCUGUCGACUUAUUCACCAGUCUGAAGACGGUCUAUGCAAUCCACAUCUUCUUCUUCAUCUUCACCUUCGUCAUCCCCGUCGUCAUCAUCGCCGUUUGUUUCGGUUUGACGGUCAGGGCUGCGGCAACGAAGCGUAACGCUACGACGCUGUCUCCGACUGGUCGCCGGAGCCUUGCGCGUAAAACCCGCUUCCUAGCAUUGAUCGGGGGAGUUUCGCUUUCAUUCUUCAUCUGUUGGGGAUACUGGCAUAGCUACUACUUGGCAAUAUGGCCAUAUUUUUUCAAUGGUCAAUUCUACCGGGCGAAUGUCGUCGUUCAUAUCGUCGUUAACAUGCUUACCGACAUCCUAGUUCUCUUCAACGCGGCGCUCAACCCUUUUCUCUACGCCCUGAACCGAGCCUACAUGAAGCGCCAUCUCGUCAGCCUUUUCCCUUGCGGACGCAAAGGUACACAUGCAGCAGAUAUGGGUAACGGGCGACCGGAUGGAAUGGAAUCAACAGAAAGUGACUCAGUAACGCCGAGUGGUGACGGUGUCACUUUCAAUGUUGCGGAUGAAACGGUAGCGGAAAAAGUGCCAAACUCUCCAGCUAGCAAUUAA